AUGUGGACAAUCCGAUCCAAGUCUGCAGCAGAGGAUGGCCCUCAGAACCUCAUGAAGGCAGCAAUUACAGGAGCUCACUUCCUGACCUCCAGCUCAUCAGAAAAAAGCCAAGGUCACAACAGUGAGCAACUGUCAAAUGCUGGAAACACGACAUUGCCUUUGAAAAGGGAAGAAAGGGAGAGCCAACCCCUUAAAGAGCUGCUAUUUUACACCCACGCUCCGGCUGUGGAGUCAGCUUGUCUCCAGACAAGGAUCUCAAAACUUCGCAAGGCUGUAACGCGAUCCAGCGGCUCGAGAGCUGCUAAUCCCGGCCGAGUGCCGGAGCAUCGGCCCGGAACGCGGCGGGGCUGGUCCCGCAUCCCCCGGGAUGCUACGCCGGGAACAGCCCGGCGCUCUCCGGGGCCGGGCGCGGAGCAGCUGCUGCCCUCUAGUGCGCCGCGCCGCAGCCGCACGGACCCCCGCAGCCCGCACGGCAGCAGCGCUCCGCACAGCCCCGGGCACCGCCCGCACAGCUCUCACAUUGUCUCCCGGCCUCCGCCCGCCCCCUGCUCCUGCAUCGCUCCGGCUCCACAGCCCCUCGGCCCCGCACCGCCCCUGUCCCGCAACACCCCCGCCCCGCAGAGCCCCAGGGGCAGAUCCCCUCCCCUCCCGCAGGAACGAAAUGGCCCAGAGUCCCUCCUGCCGCUAAUGAAGGGGUUUGAUUGUUCGGCACGUGCACUCCGAGGGAUCGAUAAUUUCCCAGUCUAA